CGACGACGGCUUCUGCGUAUAUAAGCCGAAAAUCGAGCCCGAAUUGGCAUCAGUCUCACGAGUUCUCUAGUCUGACAAUCAAACAAAAUCAAAAUGUUCAAGAUCCUGCUUGUCUGCGCCCUUGCCGCCCUGGUGGCCGCCAACGAAAAUGCCGAGGUCAAGGAGCUGGUCAACGAUGUGAACGCCGAUGGCUUCGUCAGCAAGCUGGCUCUGGACAACGGUGUCGCCUCCUCGGCCACCGGAGAUGUGCACGGAAACAUCGACGGAGUCUUCGAGUGGAUCUCCCCCGAGGGCGAGCACGUCCGUGUGAGCUACAAGGCCGACGAGAACGGAUACCAGCCCCAGAGCGACCUGCUGCCCACUCCCCCCCCGAUCCCAGAGGCCAUCCUCAAGGCCAUCGCCUACAUUCAGGCCCACCCCAGCAAGGAAUAAGCGAUCCCUGCGGCUAGGACUCAACCACGAAUUGGUGCAACUCCAGAUGACCUUGUCCUCUAACCCUUAGAAUUUAAACAGCAUGCUGACUUCAUAAGUUUGACUAUCGAGACUUGAAAUAAACUCGAUAUUCUUUGGCAAAAAA